AUGGCUCACGUUAUAAAAGAAGAAUGGGAUGAGCUGGCCAAGUUUCCCAAAUGGGAAAACCAAAGCUACACUGACGCUGACAACUUGAAAAACAUUACUGAUAUCAAGGGCUUUUAUUCGGUGCCUCCUCCCCAGGAUGAUGAUGAUGAUGACACCCAGAUGGAAGAUACGCCCAAAGAGAACAAUGCCAGCGAGAAAAAAUAA